AAUUUGAUCCAGAGGAAUGUCCAGCAGACUGUUCACGGCCUUGUGAAAAUGUGUGCCCUGCUAAUGCAAUAUCAUUCCUUGGGAAAUCUUCGGGAAUUUCAUGUAAUACUGAAGCAACAAGUGUACUAAAGGAUGGAGUCAUAACAGAACGCUGCUAUGGCUGUGGUCGCUGUCUUCCAGUUUGCCCCUAUGAUAAAAUAAGUGAGGUAACAUAUGUAAGAGAUGCUGUUACAACUGCUGAUCUAAUCCAGAGAGAUGACAUUGAUGCUAUGGAGAUACAUACAAGUGGAAGACAGAGUAAUUUGUUCAAACAACUCUGGAGUGCUCUGGGAGAUUCAGUAGGGUAUUUGAAGCUUGUAGCUGUUAGCUUACCUAAUGGUGGUGACUCAACAAUAUCCUCCAUGAACUAUAUGUUCUCCAUCAUGAAACCCAAUCUUCAAAGCUUCAACUUAUGGCAGUUAGAUGGUCGUCCUAUGAGUGGAGAUAUUGGGAGAGGAGCAACAAAAGAAUCAAUUGCCUUUGCUGUUCAACUGGCUAAGGCAAAAGAAAGGCCUCCUGGUUUUCUUCAACUUGCCGGUGGAACCAAUGCUCACACAAUUGAAGGGUUGAAAAAAGAGGGACUCUUUCAAACAACUAUUAAUGAAUAUUUGCAUGAUGAUGAAUCAGCAAUAAACUCAUCUGGUUCACCACAUGCUUUGAUUGGUGGUAUAGCAUACGGUGGCUACGCACGGAAGAUUGUUGGUAGAGUGUUGAGAUCAAUGCAAUCAGAACAUGGUGGAGCUGCUUCAAUUGAGGAUCAUUCUGAGUAUCUCUUGAUGGCUCUUAAGGAAGCACUUGCUUUGGUGGGACCUGUUAAAUGUCUAUGAUAGCUGUAUU